GCCCGUCGUCGCCGAGCCACCAUGCCGCGGAGGAGGAGGAGGAGGAGGCCGGUGACAUUACCGGGGAGGGGGUGCGGAGAGGAGCCCCGAGAAGGAAGAGAAGCCGGAGCCCCGCCGCCGCCGCCCCCUCCAAAAAUAUGACCGGCGGCGCCGCCUCCCAGAACCGCCGCCGUUGCAUCCGAACCCCGCCGAACCCCCCCGAGAAACCGUGCGCCGACUCGGAGCGGGCCCAGAAAUGGCGCCUGUCGCUGGCCUCUCUCCUCUUCUUCACCGUCCUUCUCUCCGACCGCCUCUGGCUUUGCGCCGCCGCCGGGGCCCAGCUCAGAGCCCAGGAUAGGAGCGUCGCCCAACCGGAGGCCGCGGUAAGGAGCGGUGGAGGCGCAGCCCCGACAGCGGAGGCGCGGCUCUGCCCCAACCAGGACUUGAGCUCAGCUUGUGGCCAACCGGCCGCGCCUCCCAGACCAGAAGCCGCGGCGGCGAGCAGCCCCGACGGCGCGGCCCCGACGGCGCAGCCCUGCCUGGACUUAAGCUCUGCCUGCAGCCACCGCCGCCUCUUGCAAGGGCCGCCCGGGUCCGCCUUCCCGGCCGCCGCGCCUGCUGAGGCGUCCCCGCCGCAGCUAGCCUUCCUGGAGCGGCACUUCCGCGGCUUGCGGCUCCCUUUCUGCCAAGCCUACACCGUCUGGGACCUGCUGCUGGGCAUGGCCGCCGCGGAGAGCCUGGACUGCAGCCUCCGGAGCCUGUUGGCCGACGUGGCAGCGGCGGCAGGCGGGGCGCAGCGCGGGGAGGCCUGCAGCAGCUGUCUCGAGGCCUACCAGAGGCUGGACCAACACGCUCAGGAAAAGUACGAGGAGUUCGAGGAGCUGCUGGAGAAGUACCUGCAGGCCGAGGACUAUUCCGUGCGCUCCUGCCUGAGAGACUGCAAGGUAGGGUUGUCGUCGUCAUUGUUGCUUCUGUUGUUGUUGUUAAUUACAUUUAUAGACUGCCCUGUUUUCUCUAAGGAGCUCAAUGUGGCGGACAUACCAUAUUUCUCCCUGUUUUAUCCGCACAAGAACCCUGCAAGGUAGGCUGAGAGGCAAAGACUGGCUCCCAAGGUCACACCCAAUGAGAUUCAUGGCCACGUGGGGAUUUGAACCCUGGUAUCACCCAGCUCAUAAUUCAGCCCUUUAACCUCUACACCAUUAUGCAACCCCGGAGCGGAAGCUUUUAAUGUUUAACAGACUAUUGUAUUUUAAUAUUUUGUUUGAAGCCGCCCAGAGUGGCUGGGGAAACCCAGCCAGAUGGAUGGGGUAUAAAUAAUAAAUUAUUAUUAUAGUAUUAUUAUACACACUUGCUCUCAGUUGUGAGAAUUUGUAGAAUGGGGGGGUCACCCCAGGAGCUGAGACUGCCUUCCAGGCUCCUUCCUCUCCCAUGGAAGGAAUCUGGGCUUUCUCUUAUUUCAUUACAUUUAUUCAUUGCACUUAUUUCCACUUUAGGGGCCAGCCCCUCCUCAUGUAAUCCCUACAACAACCCUGCAAGGUAGGUUAGCUUCAGAGAAGACAGUGUCUGGACCCCAAGGUUGCACCCAGUGAGCUAUAGGACUGAGCAGCGAUUUGAACCCUGGUCCCUCAGGUCCUCAUCCUCAUUGAUCCCCACAACAACUCUGAGAGGUAGGUUAGGCUGACAGGCAGAUACUGUGUUCCCCACCCCCUGUGAGUUUCCUGGAGUCUGAGAGGGGGUUUGAACCCUGAGCUCUCACAGGUCCAUAGUCCAAUCUUCUAACCAUUAUACCACACUGGCUCUCUGGGAGUAAGUUACUUGUUUUGCUUCAGGGAUGGCUAGCAGACCCUGUUUUGAGCUCAAGGGUGACUAAUAUAACCCCAUUUGCUUGCCCACACCUGCCUACCUUACUCAUUUGAAGUACCAUGUGGGGCCCCUGUGUGGGAAGAAAAGGAGGGGCUGCUGGUCCUGUAUCCCUGCUUGAGGGAUGAGUCCAGGUUGUGGGGGAGGUAGCAUGGCUCGGAUCUAGGUGCAGAAUCAUGGAAUUGUAGUAAAAGCACAGCAGGAAAAUGUGGUGUUAUAAAGCAGGGAAAACAGAGGGUCAGUGAAUUGGGGGAGGUUUGCCAUCAGUGGCUGCUAGCCAUGAUGGCUAUGCUCUGCCUCCACAGUGAGAGACAGGAAUGCUUCUGAAUACCAGUUGCUGGAAACCAACUCUCCGAAGUUCAUGUGUCUUCCAUAGCACCCAGUUACAUUAUGGGACUCAGGCAGGAGGCAGUGGUAAGUGGCUGUAAAAGUGGACUGAACAAAUUUUUAAAGAGGAGAAAGCUAUUGAUGGCUGCUGGCCAGAAGGGCUGUGCUCUGCCUCUCGUAUCUGAGGCAUCAAUGCUUCUGAGUACCAGUUGCUGGAAGCCACCGGAGGGGAGAGUUGCUCUUGUGCUUAGGUCCUCCUUGCAGAUCUCCCUUUGGAGUAUCCAGUUGGUCACUAUGAGAAUUCUGGACUAGAGUCGGGCUAGGUCGGGCCUUUGGCCUGACCUAGCAGGCUUUUCUUAUGCUCUUGUGCUCAUGUUCCGCAUGCUGGUUUCCCGCAGGCAUAUGUGCCCCUCUCGCAAGAUGCUGCUGGACUCCAACUCCCAUCAGCCCCAGUUGUCAGCAUGUCUAGAGGUCAGGGAGGAGGAUGGGAGUUGUAGUCCAGCAGCAAGUGAACAGCUCUGUCCUGUGGCAGUGUUAUUAAUGCUAUCAUUAUUAAUUAAAUAUACUAGUCUCAAAGUGACAUAUAACAUUUUAAAGGAGUGAACAAACAUAAAUACAUGAAACCAUUUUUUUUAUUAAAAAAAAUCAGUUGUGUAUGAAUCUCGGCUUAUUGCUGAUAUAUGCCUCGGGUUACAUACGCUUCAGGUUACAUACACUGCAGGUUACAGACUCCACUAACCCAGAAAUAUUACCUCGGGUUAAGAACUUUGCUUCAGGAUGAGAACAGAAAUCGUGUUCUGGAGGCGUGGCAGCAACAGGAGGCCCCAUUAGCUAAAGUGGUGCUUCAGGUUAAGAACAGUUUCAGGUUAAGAACAGACCUCCAGAAUGAAUUAAGUACUUAACCCAAGGUACCACUGUACUGCAAAUAAAAGCAAUCAUAUACAGUGAGGGGGGAAAGUAUUUGAUCCCCUGCUAAAUUUGCCCAUUUGCCCUCUGACGAAGAAAUAACCAGUCCAUAAUUUUAAUGGUAGGUUUAAUGGAGCUGUGAGAGACAGAAAUAACAACAGGAAAACCCCCAGAAACCCAGAAGACAAAAGUCAGAGACUGGUGUGCAUUAUAAUGAGUGAAAUAAGUAUUUGAUCCCUUUGCAAAAGAUGACUUAGUACUUGGUGGCAAAACCCUUGUUGGCAAUUACAGAGGUCAGACGUUUCUUGUAGGUGGCCACCAGGUUUGCACACAUCCCAGGAGGUAUUUUGUCCCACUCCUCUUUGCAGAUCCUCUCCAAGUCAGUAAGAUUUCGAGGCUGAUGUGCAGCUACUCGAACCUUCAGCUGCCUCCACAGAUUUUUGAUGGGAUUAAGGUCUGGAAACUGGCUAGGCCACUCCAGGACCUUAAUGUGCUUCUUCUUGAGCCACUCCUUUGUUGUCUUGGCCGUGUGUUUUGGUUCAUUGUCAUGCUGGAAUACCCAUCCUCGACCCAUUUUCAAUGCCCUGGCUGAGGGAAGGAGGUGCUUACCCAAGAUUUGGCAAUACAUGGUUCCAUCCAUCGUACCUUCGAUGCAGUGAAGGUGUCCUGUUCCCUUAGCAGAAAAACACCCCCAAAGCAUAAUGUCCCCCUCCAUGUUUGAUGGUGGGGAUGGUGUUCUUUGGGUGGUAGGCAGCAUUCCUUCUCCACCAAACACGGCGAGUUGCAUUGAUGCCAAAGAGCUCAAUUUUGGUCUCAUCUGACCACAACACUUUCACCCAGUUCUUCUCUGGGUCAUUCAGAUGUGUAUUGACAAACUGCAGACAGGCCUGUACAUGUGUUGUCUUGAGCAAGGGGACCUUGCGGGCUCUGCAAGAUCUCAGUCCUUCACGGCGUAGUGUGUUACCAACUGUUUUCAUGGUGACUAUGGUCCCAGCUGCCCUGAGAUCAUUGACAAGUUUUCCCCGUGUAGUUCUGGGCUGCUUCAUCACUGUUCUCAUGAUCAUUGCAACUCCACAAGAUGAGAUCUUGCAUGGAGCCCCAGACCGAGGGAAGUUGACAGUUAUUUUGUGUUUUUCCAUUUGCAAAUUAUUGCACCAACUGUUGUCAUCUUCUCACCAGGCUACUUGGCAAUAGUCUUGUAGCCCAGUCCAGCCCUGUGCAGAUCUACAAUCUUGUCCCUUACAUCCUUGGGCAGCUCCUUGGUCUUGGUCAUGGUGGCUACUUUGGAAUCUGCUGGAUUGAUUGCUUCUGUCGACAGGUGUCUUUUGUAAAGGUACAGUGGUACCUUGGGUUACAUACGCUUCAAGUUACAUACCCUUCAGGUUACAGACUCCGCUAACCCAGAAAUAGUACCCCGGGUUAAGAACCUUGCUUCAGGAUGAGAACAGAAAUCGCGCGGCAGCGGCGCGGCAGCAGCAGGAGGCCCCAUUAGCUAAAGUGGUGCUUCAGGUUAAGAACAGUUUCAGGUUAAGAAUGAACCUCCGGAACAAAUUAAGUACGUAACCAGAGGUACCACUGUACUGUAACGAGCUGGCAUUAUAGGUAAGACCUCUGCAGCAGGCACUUCUAAUCUCAGCACAUUACAUACAGUGAAGAUACCAGGUAGCCUGACAUCUGGCUGGUUGAUAGGGGAUCAAAUACUUAUUUCACUCAUUAUAAUGCACAUCAAUCUUGACUUUUGUCUUCUGGGUUUCUGGGGGUUUUCCUGUUGUUAUUCUGUCUCUCACAGCUACAAAAAAACCUACCAUUAAAAUUAUGGACUGGUCAUUUCUUCAUCAGAGGGCAAAUUGGCAAAUUAAGCAGGGGAUCAAAUACUCCCCCCCCUCACUGUAUGUAUGUAUGUGUGUGUGUGUGUGUGUGUGUGUGUAUAUAUAUACACACACACACACACACACACACACACACAAACUAGAUUAAAACUUAUCAUGUGUGCAAAAAAAGGUCAUAGUUAAAAGCCAAAGACCUGGCAAAAGAGGAUUUUAUUUAUUUUUGCCUGGGAGUUAAAGAUAUACCGUAUUUUUUGCUCUAUAAGACUCACUUUUUCCCUCCUAAAAGUAAGGGGGAUGUGUGUGUGUCUUAUGGAGCAAAUGCAGGCUGCGCAGUUAGUCUCAGAGCCAGAACAGCAAGAGGGAUCACUGCUUUCGCUGCACAGCGAUCCCUCUUGUUGUUCUGGCUUCUGAGAUUCAGAAUAUUUUUUUUUCUUGUUUUCCUCCUCCAAAAACUAGGUGCGUCUUAUGGUCUGGUGUGUCUUAUAGAGCGAAAAAUACGGUAGUAUCAUAGAAUUAUCAUUGAUGUUAACUAAGGUGGCUCAAUUGCAGGUUUCCAAACAGAGGUUGGAUGGCCACUUGUUAGGGAUGUUUUAGCUGAGAUUCCUGCAUUGCAAGGGUUGGAUUAGAUGAGCCCUGGAACGCUUCAGACCCUACAAUUCUAUUAUUAAUUAAAAGCCAAAAAGGCCUGGCAGAAAAGAAAUGUUUUUGCCUAGCACUUAAAGUUAUGUAAUGAUGGUGCCAGGAGAGCUCUCAUUGGGGAGAGCAUUCCACAAGGUGGGAGCCACUACUGAAAAGGCCCUAUUCACGCAUGGCCAACCUGCAGACCUCCCAUGGAAGGGUAGCACAGAAAAGGGCUUCAAAUGAUGUUCGUAGGGUCUGGGGUGGUUCCAAUUGGGAUGUAUUGGGAUCCUAAGGCUUUUUAGGCCAAAACCUUUGAAGUACCUUUGAAGUACCAAGGACUAGGUAGCCCAUUUUUGUCGUGGUAUCUGAAAGAUCUUUGUGGGACAAGUUCUUGCAAAUUCUUCAUCCAAAUGAGGUGGCCUAGUAUUUAGUGGCUGUGAAAAAGGCAAGCUCAAUGCUAAGGGUCAUAAGGAAAGGAACUGAAAAUUGAAAACUGCAGGUACCAUAAUGCCCCAUUAUGCAAAUCUACAGUGCAUUUGUGUAGAGUUCUGGCCGCCUCACCUCAGGAAGGAUAUUGUGGAGUUGGGAUAGGUUCAGAAAAGGGCAAGCAAAGCAGUCAAGGCAAUUGGAGCGGCUCCCCAAGGAGAAAAGGUUGCAGCAAUUUGGGACAAUUUGGAGAAAAGGUGAGGACGAUAUGACAUGAUAGAAAUUUAUAAAAUGAUGCAUGGCAUGGAGAAAGUGGAUCGAAAAAAGCUCUCCUCUCUCGCUCGUCAUUAGAACCCAUCAGCACCCAAUGUGGGAAGAUUUGCGAAAGAUGAAAGAAAUUCCCACAGAAGGCAUUGAUGCCCACCAUAGUGGAGAGGGCUCUCAGUGGUUACUAGCCACAAGGGCUCUGCUCUUCUUCCACAGCUGGAGGUAGCAAUACUUCCGAAUACCAGCUGCUGGGAACCACAAGUGGAAAGAAUUGCUCUUGUGCUGGGAUCCUACUUGUGGGUUUCCCAUCUGGUUGGCUCCUGUGUAAGCAGGAUGUUGGACUAGAUGGGCCACUGGCUCUUCUUAUAUUCUUAUGAGUGGCAACCCUAGCCUCAUUUUCCUUUUGAAGGGACAGGAGUCCCACCACUCUCCUUGGCUUCCAGCCUCCAGAAGUGCAGAUUACAUCUUACCAUGGUUUAGCUUAUUUACUCACUGCAUUUACACCCCAGCUUUCCUUCAGAGAGUUGGAGGUGGUGCUUUAACUGUCCUCCCCCUCCUCAUUUAAUCCUUAAUAAUGAUAAUAAUAAUAAUAAUAAUAAUAAUAAUAAUAAAUUUUAUUUAUAUCCCGCCCUCCCCAGCCGAAGCCAGGCUCAGGGUGGCUAACAACAAUAAAACAGUACAAAAGUACAGCACAAACAACACUCUAAAAUCAUUCAUUAUAAAAUUAAUUAAUUCAAGCCACUGGCAACCAUUGGGCCAGAGCUCCGCGAAGAUUGCCGAGGGAGGGAGUCAGGCUGUGCCCUGGCCAAAGACCUGGUGGAACAGCUCUGUCUUGCAGGCCCCGCGGAAAGAUGUCAAGUCCCGCAGGGCCCUGGUCUCUUGUGACAGAGUGUUCCACCAGAUUGGAGCCACGGCCGAAAAAGCCCUGGCUCUAGUUGAGGCCAGCCUAACUUCUCUGUGGCCUGGGACCUGCAAGAUGUUUUUAUUUGAAGACCGUAAGUUUCUCUGUGGGGCAUACCAGGAGAGGCGGUCCCGUAGGUACAAGGGUCCUAGGCCGUAUAGGGCUUUAAAGGUUAAAACCAGCACCUUAAACCUGAUCCUGUACUCCACUGGGAGCCAGUGCAGCUGGUAUAGCACCGGGUGAAUGUGAUCUCGCAGCGAAGACCCCGUAAGGAGUCUCGCUGCAGCAUUCUGCACCCGCUGGAGUUUCUGGGUCAGUCUCAAGGGCCAACCCCACGUAGAGCGAGUUACAAUAAUCCAGUCUGGAGGUGACCGUCGCGUGGAUCACAGUGGCUAGGUCAGGGCGAGAGAAGUAAGGAGCCAACUGCUUAGCUUGGCGGAGAUGGAAAAAUGCCGCCUUUGUUGUAGCUGCAAUCUGCGCCUCCAUGGAAAGGGAGGUGUCGAAGAUUACACCCAAACUCUUAACGGAUGGUGCUGGCACUAAUUGCACCCCCACAAGAGAUGAGAGUUGCCCCCCCCAAUCCCAUAUCGUCCCGUCCCAGCCACAGGACCUCUGUCUUCGAAGGAUUUAGCUUCAACCGGCUCCCACGUAACCAUCCAGCCACAGCUUCCAAACAUCUGGUCAGUGUGUCUGGGGCUGAGUCAGGAUGGCCAUCCAUCAACAGAUAGAGUUGGGUGUCAUCAGCCAAGAUCAUCAGAACAAGGUUAACAACACCACUGUGAGGUGAGUGAGGUGAGUUAGGCUGAGAGAAGGCGGCGACAGGCCCCUAAGGUCACACCCAGCAAACUUCAUGGUCAAGUGGGAAUUUGAACCCUGGUCUCCAGGUCCUAGGCCUCAUUUAAUCCCCGCAACAACCCUGUUAGGUAAGGUAAAGGUAAAGGGAUCCCUGACCAUUAGGUCCAGUCGUGACCGACUCUGGGGUUGCGGCGCUCAUCUCUCUUUAUUGGCCGAGGGAGCCAGCAUACAGCUUCCGGGUCAUGUGGCCAGCAUGACUAAGCCGCUUCUGGCGAACCAGAGCAGGACAUAGAAACACCAUUUACCUUUCCACCGGAGCGGUACCUAUUUAUCUACUUGCACUUUGACGUGCUUUCCAACUGCUAGGUUGGCAGGAGCAGGGACCGAGCAACGGGAGCUCACCCCGUUGCUGGGAUUUGAACCGCCAACCUUCUGAUCGGCAAGUCCUAGGCUCUGUGGUUUAACCCACAGCGCCACCCGCGUCCCUCACCCUGUUAGGUAGGUCAUGCCAAAAGGCAGUGGCUGGCUCCCAAGGUCACUCCCACUGGGCAUUACGGCUGGAAGAAAAUUUGAACCCCAGUCUCUCCCUGGUCCUUAGUCGAACGCUCUAACCACUACACCUCACUGAUGCCAGGGAGGGGGCACUAACUUACUUUUGGGGGAAUGUCUUCUUCCUGAACCAGUUCAUCCCAAGUAUCCAUGUUGUGGUGUCAGGACAGCAGCACAUAGCAUUCCCCCACAGCUUCAUCCGUUUCCCAGAGGCAGAGGUUUGCCUUAUAAAGUUGGAAGGGACCCCAACAGUCAUCUAGCCCUGCAGUGCAGGAAUCACAGCUUUCUUGUGUGUUAAAAACGGGUGGGGACCACAUAUCUCUCUCUACUCCCAUUGUCUGAUCCUUUGCAAGGAUGUGAUUCAGAGAGAAGGAAGUCCUUCAUGCAGCACAGAGUUAAGCUGUGGAACUCCCUCCUACAGGAUGGUUUUAAAAGAGGAUUAGGGAAAUCCUCUUAUGAUUCCUCAGUGCUGCUCUGGCUGCCUGCUCCUCCCUUGAAAAGCAGAGCCGCCUCCUUCAUUUCUUCCGCACAUAUUUACAUUGCAGCAUUUCAGUUUAUUUGAUGCUUGCUCUUCAAAUACUCCUGAGUAUAGAAAUGCAACUAUAAAAUAUACAUGGAUUAAAAUGGAACAAUAAAAACAACAAUAUAAUUCUGAGAAGCAAAGCAACCCCCACCACCACCCGCAAAAAAAGAAAAAGAAAAUUAUCCUUUAAAGACAGCAGUUAUUGGGAAUUGCGAUUUUAUUGCGGUCAGAGCAUCUGGAUUGGGUCUGUCUCAUAAAUCAUGAAUGCAGGGAAAUGAGCACUGCUAAUGAGAUGUUUGAGCAUCUGUUCAAGCUCGGCACACACGGUAGCCCUUUAAAGCAGGCUAGAGAAGAGUUCACUCUAUUAGGCAGCACAACCUGUGGGUGGGGCAUGUCCACAGCUCACAUUUCCAUGAGUUUUAUAGCAUCUUUCAGGGAUGCUUUAGUUGUGAUUCCUGCAUUACGGGGGGUUGUACUGGAUGACUAUUGGGGCACCUUCCUUACAACUCUACAUUGACUGUUCUCAAGCAGAGUUUGGAUGGUCACCUGUCAGGGAUUCUUUAGUGAUGAUUCCUGCAUUUCAAGGGGUUGGUCCUGAUUACCCUUCUGGGGGUCCCUUCCAGCUCUACAAUUCUAUGAAUUGCAUAGGAAGCAGGAUUGUCCGUCAUUUCCCUUCGAAAGCCACCGGUUUCCUUCUCCUGCUGGGAAAUCCUGGUCCAGCCGCAACACUCAGCUCAUGGCUGCCAUGGCAACCACAUCUGCUUCCCAGAGAAAUGUGCAGGAUGCAUGUGGGGGUGGGCACGUCAGGGCAGCGCAACCAAGUUUGGGGGAGUGAGCAAGCGAGUGGUAGCCACAAGCAAAGGACGGGAAGGGAGGAAACAGCCCCUCUCAAAACUUCCCCUUCUCUAGCGUCACCGAAAAAGAGGCAAGAAGGAUAUCCCCACCACCACAAACAUUUGGAGCCUGACACUCCUUAUUGAUGGUGUCGUUGCUAAAUGAAGCCCUUUACUGAUGGUGGUGUCAGCAUUAUUCUUUAGUGCAUUUAUUCACUGGUUUACAUAAUGUGAAUCAUAGAAUUGCCUGGUUGGAAGGAGACCCUGAGGGCCAUCUAGUCCAACCCCCUUCAGUGCCCAAAUUGCAACUAAGGAAUCCCUGACAGAUGGCCAUCCAGCCCCUAGUUAGAAAUCUCCAGUGAGGAGAUUUCUCCAAGGAGAGUUGGUGUUCUUAGAUCAUAGAACUGGAAAAGGACAGUGAGGGUCAUCUAGUCUAAACUUGCAACGCAGGAAUUUCCCUUGCAACGCAGGAAUCACAGCUGUGCUGUAUUACUGUGCUACUCCGUUAUAACAUGACUCCAUUUCUUGAUGAAGACGUUAUCUUGCUGUCCACCAACUCUGGUUCUCACAAUAUAUGGAAGCUUAACCAUGCAUAACUACAUCCCAGAUUUUAGUUAUCCAUUCUCUCCUGAAUGGAGUUAUCACACACCCACACCCAUUUUGACAGAUAAUGAAAUCAAACAUGAAACGAAGCAGGAUGAUGGUGCAGAAAGGAGUGUAGACGAAGCUAGACAAAGGAGAAGGAGGGGAGAGAAAGAGGCUGCCGGCAGUGGGGAGGGUAGCAUUUGGAAACAAAUAACUGUAGUAGAGCAUCAUUAUUUGUAAAGCCAGGGGCAAUAUUUUGAGAGAGAAAGGAGCUGCUCUGGUGCCAACUUGAACUGUGUCAUGCAGAGGAAAGUUUAAAAGAUAGAUUUUAUUUACCCUCUGUGGGACCUGUGCACAUCGACUAACUACUAAGAGGAGAUACCGUGGAGCUUUAUUUCUUAUUCCUAACCUCUGUGCUUAUGCUUUGAACUGGUGGCAAAAAUGAGUGCGUUCCGGUUAGGUUUCAACUGCUCAGCCUAGUGUUCAAAUGUAGGAGCAAGAGGCAGCAGCGUCACCUGCUAGACCCUGGACCCCCACAAUCAGCAAAGACUGAAAUAUUACAGGAAGAAGUCCAGCAGGUGAAGCUCUCAUGACCGUAACUUGUAAACAGAGCAUUUAGCAGAAGAAUUUGAGGGGGAUGCCUGGAAUGCUGUCUCACAGGGUCCGUGGGACCAAGAGACAUGAAUGGUGAGGGAGCUGCUGCAGUGAUCUGCAGCACCUGUUCUGUUUGUCUGCCUGACUGAGAAUGUUCAAAAGUCCAGGUCCAGAGGCAUUCCUUUAUUCCUCAAUGGUUAGGGGCAUUUGAACACUGUGAGAACAAGAUGCUAGACCGGCUGGGCCAUUGGCCUCAUGCAGCAGAGCUCCUCUUACGUUUAUUCCAAAUCCAAUUGCAGGGGUGCUGGGUUUACAUUCUUUCUGUACAGUGUUUCUCUUUAUUCCUACCUUCAGAGCAUGCAAGGCUGCUCCCUGUUGCCUCCAGACCUGUGUCAGUCUUGUGGGUCCCAUUUUUCUAAUGCCCCCUUCUCCUUCCUGCCUUCCUGCAGGCUGUCUACAAGGCAUGGCUGUGCUCUGAGUACUUCAAUGUGACCCAACUGCAGUGCCAACACCGGAUCCCAUGCAAGCAAUACUGCCUGGAGGUGCAAACAAGAUGUCCCUUCGUCUUGCCCGACAAUGACGAGCUGAUCUAUGGAGGGUUGCCUGGCUUCAUCUGCACAGGUGAGGCUUAGAAUCUAUGUUAUAGAAUCAGAGAACUGUAGAGUGAGGAGGUGCCCCCAGGUGUCAUCUAGUCUAACCUCCUUCAAUGCAGGAAUUUCAGCUCAGAAAUCCCUGACAGACAACCAUCCAACCUCUGCUUAUGAACCUCUACUGAUGGAGAGCCCACCACCUUCAUUAGUCAUAGAAUCAUAGAAUUGUAGAGUUGGAACCCAAGAGUCAUCUAUUCCAACCCCUUGUAAUGCAGGAAUUGCAGCUGGACAAUCCUUGGCAGACACCAUCCAACUUCUGCUUAAGAACUUCCAAUGAAGGACAGCACACCACCUUCUGAGGGAGUCUGUCCUACUGUCAAACAGCUUGUAUUCCCUGAUCAUUGGGAUCGUUGGAUUUGUAUAUUUGGACAAAAUAUAUUCUGCUUGUCCAAGAUACUAUCCACAGGGAGUUAGCCUUGGACUUGUCCAAAGCCUGCCUAGUGUUUCUUUAAAAAAAAUAAAGAUAUCAACACAAUUACCAACCCAAAAGUGAAGUAGCAGGGUAUUGCAUCAUAUCCAAAGCAAGCAAGCAAACAAUAAAUGAAAAGAGAAAGAAAUGGUGAGACACACCGAUAAAAAUUGAUACAUUCCUACUUCCCAAGUUGGCAUGGAUGGUAAAUGUUGAGCAUCUGUGUCCAAAGCACUGGAAAUGCCCACCAGGUGGCAUAGAAGCCUCCUGGAUCCCCCAGCCUGGAAACACAUAGCUUAUGUGUCAUUUUUUCCACAAAAGCCAAAGUCCUUAAGUUCUUAUACCACCCAGCCAAAUGCAUAUUUUUCAAGCUUUUCCACUGCUGGCCCAUUGAAACCCUAGCACUACAGGGGGUUGCAGCAGAUGACCAUUGGGGUCCCUUCCAACUCUUCAGUUCUAUGAUUAAGGGCUCAAAUUCACCCUGUUGAUUUCCCAUGCCUUGUGCAUUAGUACAGAGACAAAGGAAGCCACAAGCCAUUCCCUCCAAAUGCUUGCUUCUUGCUUUUUUUACCGCCUAUUUGAGGGUUCCUAUAGUGCAACCCUGGUUUCCUGUACACCAGUGAGCUCUCCUGAAGGUAGCGUUUAGCAGACCUGUGCCAUUUCUGAUGCCACCUCUUCCUUCUCCUCCUUUGUUUCUGUUCUCAUUCUGCCAGGGUUGCUGGAGAGGGAGCUGCCUGACCAGGAAGCCAAGUGCUGUGAUGUGCGGUGGGACUCCUGCGACCGGCACCUGGAAGGCUAUCGCAAUGCAUCUGCCAAAUCAGAGCCAUUCCACGACCAACACCACAACACCCCUCAUAACCACCAGCAACGGCAGCAGCAGCACUACAACCUCUACUAUCACCACACCCAGUACCACCACCACCACCCGUCCCUGCUGCCAGUGUCUGCAGGGUCCCGCCUCAGCAACAGCAAGAUCCGGUUCUGCGUCCUGGUCCUGAUGCUCCUCCACACCAUGGUGUCCUUCUCAAGCGUGCACAGCAGCGGGGGACUGAGCUUGGGGGCCUACCCCACCAUGGAUGAGACCCUCGCAAGGGACGAGUGAACCUCCUCUGCAAGGCAGGGAAAAAGGAAACCUCCAGCUCUUUUCUCACCUGGAGGAAAGAAGGGGUUUGGGUGGGCACAAUGAAGCUCUCCCUACAGUGGCGGGGGCGGCGGCACAGGACUGGGGGUGACACAGACAAAGCCACCCCAACGCAGAGCCCCCUCCCACCCCCCAGAGCAGAUCGUCGCAGGGCCCGCCCUGCAGUGGGUGAGUCUCUGAAGCGUUUGGGGGGCUGUGGGAACAAGCGAUUGUUCCACAGCAGGCUUCAGACUGGGCCUCUGGGGGGGAAAUGGCUCAGUGAGCAGCAGGCCUUAGGCUAGAUCUCUGGGGGGGAAAUGGCUCAGUGAGCAGCAGGCCUUAGGCUGGGCCUCUGGAGAAUAGAGUUAUGUCAGCAGGAGGCCUCAGGCACGGCCUCUGGAGAAAAAGGCUUGAUCGGCUGCAGACCUCAGACUGGGUCUCUGCAGGGGAAAAUGGUUCUGUCAGCAGCAGGCCUCAAGCUGUCGGCCUUCAGCCUCAUAGAGGCUCAGAGGCCGAGGAAAGGCCCACAGUGGGGCUUGGAAAGAACUGCCUUCUUAGGAAAGGCAACCCCCCCCCCCGGCCCACCAAGGGCCACUUCUCUGACCGCCACCACACAUAACAUGUCUCGUUUAUGGGGCCACAGUGAUCUCUUCCCCAUACUGGGUAACUUGCCCUAGGGGCAAAAGAAACGGCUUGGCAGAGAUCCGUUGUUUUUUUUUCCCCUCCCCCAUCAUCCUCUAAGCCCAAUCCAAACUAUAAUUGUGAUGGUGCACUGCCCUGCUGCCCCCUGCCCCCACCUGUAGGACCCUCCAUCAGUCACUAAUAAUUCCCAAGCAACCUUUUCAGUGCUCUCGGUCAAGCCAUGUUAUUUGAUGGGUUGGCUCUUCAGCAUUGCAAUGGGUUGGACUAGAUGGCGCUUGGGUUCCUUCCAGCUCUACUAUGAUACGGUUUUUCAAGUGGGAUUCUCUUGCUCCUUAAAGAGCUUAAAUUGAGGGCAUGCCUGCAUCACCCUUGUCCUCCAGAAUAUGUCCUAGGACAUGCCACCAACAGCAGGUCCACUCCUGCUCCUCCUCCCACCCCCGCUGGUGUAGUCCAAUUUUUCCAUUUUUGGAAUUGGUUUGGCAAUCACUGGGAGUUCCCUCAUAUUUGAAAUAAGAGUUUUAUUGGCAGAACUGCAGCUUGGAAGGGAAAGGGUUAAAUUUAUAGAACGGUAUAAUUGGAAAGGGUCCCAAGGGUCUUCUAGUAAAAUCCCUGCAAUGCAGGAAUCCAAUACAGUAAAUCACUCCUGCCUUCCCACUUUCUGUGAUCCUGAUACUGAUUUUUUAAAAAAACCCAUACGCUUUCCAUUGCUGCUAGUCAGGCUUUUUAAAGAAACCAUUUUUUAAAUGAAGUCUUUAAAGUCAGGUCUCGUUUGGCCCAGAACGGUCAAGAGACAGAUUCCCCUUUUGAACGUGGAGUUUCUCCUUAUUAUUUGAACUGUCCCUGCUCUGCUAAAGAGAAUUUUCCCCAAAGUUCAUCCAGUAAUCAUAGUAUCAUCAUCAUCAUUAUAAAGAAUCCCCAACAGAUAGCCAUCUAUCUCAUGUUUAGAAAGGAGAGUCCAUCUACCACCUUCCAACAGUUCUUACCCAUUGAAAGUUCUUCCUAAUGUUUAGUUGGAACCUUCUUUCUUGAAAUUUAAAUCCUUUGCUUUGGAUCCUCACCUCUGGAGCAGCAGAAAACAAGCUGGCUCCAUCUCCCCUGUGACAGCCCUUCAGAUAUUUGAAGGGCUCUUAUGCGGCCUCUCAGUCUCCCCUUCUCCAACUCCCUCAGCUGUUCCUCACAAGGUUUGGUUUCAAGACCCUUAAUCAUCUUGGUCACUCUCCUCUGCAAACCUUCCAGCUUGCCAGAUUCCUUAAACCUGGGUGCCCAGAACCCGACACAGGAUUCCAGGUGGGGUCUGAUCAAGGCAGAAUAGAAUGGUGCUAUUCUUUCCCUUGUUCUGGACUCCAUAGAUUUCUCUUGAUGCAGCCUAGAAUUCCAUUAGCCGUUUUUGCUGCUGCAUCACACUGUUGAUUCAUGUUAAGUUUGUGGCCUGUUAAGACCCCAUUUUUUUACAUGUACAGCGGUACUUCAGUUUAAGAACGAUUCGGUUUACAAACUCCGCAAAACUGGAAGUAGUGUCCCGGUUUGCGAACUUUACCUCGGUCUAAGAACGGAAUCCAAAUGGUGGAAGGGCACUGGCGGCGGGAGGCCUCAUUAGGGAAAGCGCCCCUCGGUUUAAGAAUGGUUUUGGUUUAAGAAUGGACUUCCAGAACGGAUUAAGUUAAUAAACUGAGGUACCACUGUAUAUGCACAGUUCUGUGUUUCUUUUAAAGUUAUUUUGGAUAUUUUUUGUCUUUCACAUCAAGGUGAGAGGUUGGGGGGCAAUGGGUCAUCUGUCAGGGCUUUAGCUAAGAUUCCUGCAUUGCAGGGGGUUGGAUGAGAUGGCCCUUGGAGGAUACCUUCCAACUCUACGAUUCUAUGAAAUCCGACUUUCUCCCAUCAUUUGUGAUGCACAGAAAAUGCUUCUGCCUCUAUUUUCCAGUUCUUUGGAACUGUUUACCGAAUGAGACAAGGCAGGAUGCACAGGGCCCUGACUCCAAGGUCUGUGAUUCUGUUGUUAUCACCACCUCACCUCCUGGUUGAUGGUGUUUGCAUUUUUGCAUUUUUGUUUAAAACCUGCCUUUUCAGUGCAAAAAUGUGUUUAGAGCCCUAUCAUUUUCUGCCCCGAGUUGUGUCUGUUCAUUUGAUGGUUGGCAAUACAAACACUGUCACCUUCUGAGAAGGACAUGGCUUUACCGUGAUACUCUCCAGUCCAAGAAUGCAGCAGUACCCACCCACCCAUCCCCAAUUUUUAGUCACCCUAAAAAGGCACUUCUAACUUUUCCUCCAUGUCCAAGAGGACAUUUCUGGAGAAGCAUCCCCCAGGAAGCAUUGCAGUGGGUUGGACUGGAUGACCCUUGGGGCACCUUCCAGCUCUACAAUUCUAUGAUUCAAAGUUCUAGUCCUUAAACCAAACAAGCUGGAGGUGGGAGGUGGCCAGGCAGCCAAUGGAACUGGCAAGGGCAAUUGGGUGGGGGGGUGCUCUGAUCUAGUAUUCAAAAUGUGUUGUGUGGGUUCAUUUUAAAUGUUGCUUUACAAUGCUUGUUUUAUAUAUUUUUAUUUUAAUGAUCUCAUUUGAAAAUACUUCAAGGGCCUUUGUGGUGGACUAGAGCCCCAGCACAUUGAAACAAUGCCUGCCUCUUCUUGUCACUCCACUGAGUGAGAUCUGGUGAGCUAAGAGAGGUUGGGGGAAUGUCAUUCAGAGACCCGGGGCCUGGUUGCUGCUGAACCCUUCUCAAGUGCUUGUAGGCACCAAGGCCAGGCCUGCCAUGGGGGAAAACAAGUCAUUUUUUACAGUACAUAGUGGUGAGGUUUAAAAGAUUAAAGUCAUGUUGCUGAAGUCAACAUUUUAAAACCUCCUUUCUACUCUCUCCCUGCCUUGUUUCUGUCCUACUUUCUCCUUUCUGGGCUCAUCCACACUUUUGCUUACCCCACGUUUUGAUUGUGUCAUGUGCCAAUUAAUUUCCUCCAGGUCCGAGAGCUUUUCUCAUUUUUUCCACUGCCGUGCCUUGCAAAAAGUCUGAUCUUAACUGCUGAAUUGGAUCUCACCAGAUGUGCGGAAGUGUUGCUUAACAGAGGGCUUGUCUACCCUUUUGCAUGCCCCAUAUUUCAGUCAUAUCGUGCUGCUAUUCGUUCCCAUGAUUCUGAGACUUCUUGUUGUUGAUCCACCGCUGUGCCUUGUGAAAAUCUGAUCUUACCCACUGAAUUAAAGAUCAUAGAAAAAAAUUAUAGAAUUGUAUGGUUGGAAGGGAUUCCAGGGGUCAUCUAGUCCUAUCCCUUGCAAUGCAGGAAUCACAACUAAAGCAUUCCUGACAGAUGGCCAUUCAACCUCUGCUUAAAAACCUCCAAUGAAGGAGAGUCCACCACCUCCCGAGGGAGUCUGUUCCACUGUCAAACAGCUCUUACCCUCAAAGUUAUUUGCUCAGUUAAGCAAAAUCUCCGGAUUUUCUACAUGUCUGAUAAAGAUCUGAUUCAGAGGUAAGAUUGGAUUUAUGCAAGGUGUGGCCACAGAACAAGAAACUAGGAAUUAUUUGAUACACAAUACAAUCCAAAUAUGGGUCGAGUGGAAGUGUGGAGGAGCCCUUAAGCAAAAUCUCUCUUUGGACUUUCUGCAUAGCUGGCAAAAUGUGAUUUGGUAAGUGGUACUGGAUUUUCGCAAGGAGCAACCGUGGAAGAAUGAGAAAAUCUCUCGGACCCAGAGGAAUUAAUUGGGGCACAAUAUAAUCCAAAUAAGGGUCUAGUGAAAGUGCAGACGAGCCAACUGUCAUAAUAAAGCGACUGUGUCUUUGGAAGGGGGUGGGACGGUUUUCUUACGCCACUUGACACACUGUGCUUCAUCUUUAGAACUUUUUUGCACUAGUUCCUAUUACAUUUAUUUUCCAAAAACAGUUUGGGAGUUGAGGGAGGGGGGGAAGGGGGAAAAAACCAACCCAAACAACAAAACCAUGCUAUAAUUCAGUUGUAUUAAAACUAUUAUCCUACUCUGUGUUUUCAGUAGUCUCUGUACCUGUAACGCUUUCAGUUCCAUUGUAUUUUGGAUCAGGGGUUUUCUCUGCUCCUUGUUUAACCCAGUAAAGAAAUAAAAUGUUAAUAAUUGAUGA